GUUGGCCUCAGACUUUGGACGUCGUGCAGCAUGUCCAUCUCAACGCACGCAGAGUCCUCAAAACGUUCAAAUCUCGUCGAUGUAACAUACCAGCAGCUGCACUCCAUCCUCUCCGGCCACAUCGAGGGCACCUCCCCCGACCAGGUCCGCGACCUCCUCGCACCCCGCGUCGACACCCUCCGCGACGUCGCAUGGCCAUUCGGCAGGCCCUCGGACGCGUCUAGAAAGGCCGUCGAGUCGGGCAAGGUCGAGCUCCCCGAUGGCGUCGUGCUCACCCCGGACAGCGUCGACAAGGAAUGCGUCCGUGCGCUCAGCGAGCGGUUCGACAUCGACGAGAUCCACGCGCUCGUCCUCCUGCGCUCGUUCCUGUACAACGAGGGGCUGCCGUCGGUCGCGGGCGUCGUGAAGGACGGCCUAGGCGAAAAAGACGACGGGAAGGACAAGGAGAACGAGACCGAGAGACAGCAAGACUCUAAAGGAAACGAAAAGGAGAAGGAGCACGACAAGGACAUCAUCAUCGCCGAGCUCCUGUCCGCCAUCGGCCCCUUCUACUACGCCGAGCGCCUCGCCGCCCUGCGCACACUCAUCCCGCUCUUCCGCGCGCACGAGAACCCCGCAGACCCCGCGCACCCGCCCGCCGCAUCCGCCCUCGCGCGCAUCCUCGCGCCCGACGGCCCCGCGUUCGUCGAGGCGCUCGUCAGCGCCUACACCGCCAAAACGCACGCCGCCGUCCCCGCUGCGUUCGCCAGCGACCCGCGCGCGGCCGCGCGCUGGGCGCGGCAGAAUGUGCGGGAACAACUUGGGCUGCUCGAGGUGCUGUUCUGGGCGCUGUGGGCGUCUGUCCCGUGCACGGGCGCGCUCGUCGUGCGCGUGUUCGAGACGGCGUAUGCGAGCGCGCUGGGCGCGCGCCAGCGCAAUGCGACGCUGUUGCUCGAUCCGGAGGGCGCGCAGCUGCAGCGGGACGCGGCGGCGCUGUGGGUUCUGGUCACGGUGGAGGUGUUGGAGCUGGAGCGCGUCGCGGGGCGGGAGGACGUGGAUGUGGCGGAGACGCCGCGGGAUGAGCGGAUAUAUACGAGCGAUCCGGGCGCGCUGGAGAGGGUGCAUGAGUUGGUGACGGACCCGGCGAACGGGGACGCGCAGUUCGCGUGCACGUAUCUCGCGUGGGCGUUUGUGCUGUCGCGGCUGGGCGCGAUGGCGGAGGAGGCGAAGAGCGUGCCGAGUGCGUAUCGUGCGUUUUUUGAGAAGGUGAUGCCGCAUCAGCACCACCACCAGGGCGGCAGGGCGAAGGAGCGUGAGCCGCUGCAUGUGCUGAUGGCGAGGACGGUCGUGCAGGCGGAUGCGGGGCUGUUUCAGCUGCUGCUGACGCUGCUCACGGCGUCGCCGCUGUUUGUGACGACUGUAGCAUGGAAGACGGGCUCGACGGUGACAGAUCCGAACGCGGUCGCGUAUCGCUCGGUGCUCAAAGGCCUCAUCAUCGCCCUCGUUGAACUCGUCCCCGUCGAACAAAUCCCCGACUUUGACGCACUAGUCGAGGUCUGGAUCGCCCUCUUCGGCCGGAGCGAGCCACACGCCGUCAGCGGCAUCUGCCGCCAAUUCUGGGUCGCCGACUGGCGCCAGAGCGCCGCGCGGCGCGCAAUCUUCGACGUCGCGCGCGCACGCUUCCCCGUGCACUUCCGCCCGCUCGUGCGCCUCCUGCGCGCGCUGUCCGCCGCGGGAUUCCUCGACACCGACCCGCUCGCGGCGUCCGCGGACUCGCACAGCUCGCGCAGUCUGAGGGCGAUCGCGGGGGACGCGGGCGGGCAGGAGGGCUCCGCGGAGGCGCAGGCGGAGGAGGAGAGGGCGGUGUGUGCGCGGCAUGUGUUUUAUUAUUUUGACAGGCUGCCGACGUUUUCGCUCGUUAUUCCGCUUGCGUCGACGGCGGGCCCGAAUGCGGUGUAUGAGCGCGUUGCGCAUGGCGCGAGCCCGUAUACCGGUCCUGGGCUGUCGUACACGAACUUGCGGCCUAUCGUCUUACCGGGCGGUGGCGUUCUUCCCGCACGCAGCGUUGGCCGCUUGUUGAGCGGCGACGGCGGCGAGCAUGUGGCUGUGUGCUGGGCUCACGAACACUCGGGGUGGCGCGUGCUCGUUGAGGUGCUCGUGGAUUAUGUUGGCAGGAGGCGAAUGGCGAGCGCGGGUCAGGGCCAGCGGAUGCCCGGAGAGCUCUACCAGGACGUGUCGUAUGGGCGCGCAGGGAAAACGAGUCAGCCGCUAAGGCUCAAGCUGGAGGACGUGGGCAUGGAGGUGGAUGUACAAGCGGACGGACAGAGAGCAGGAGACGAGGCGAUCGCGACGGAUGCGCUGGACCUUAUACGGAGUAUCAUCCAGGACGACGGGCCCGUAGCAGAGGAGCUCCUGGAAGCGCUGGAGAAAGGCGACGCGACAGCAUCUCCAACCAACGGCGCACCUCCCGGAGACCAGCAAAGCCAAGGCCAGGGCAAAGGAAACGCCCCCGACCUCGUCCAACUCACAACGACCAUCCUCGAAGAAGCGCUAAGCCGCCCGCGCCCGCGCGGUGGCGGCCCGUUCGCGCAGACGCAGCUCGUCACGAGCGCGAUGAGCGUGCUCGCCGCGCUGCUCGCCCUCCCGAAGCACGCGACGCGCGUAUGGCUCUACCUCCGCUCCACCGCCGCCCUCUUCUGCCCUUCUGGCGGGCACGACAGCAAGACAGGCUUCGCGGCUGUUGCGCUGCCGGCCGAGCGCGCCGCGGGGACGUACACGAUGACGCGGGCUCUACUUCACCUCGCCCAAGCUCUCCUCAGCGAGGCGUGCGCAUCUGCGCUGGCAGUGCUGCCAGGCAACAGGCGCCUGCAGCAAGUGAAGGAGGAGGUGCUCCUCCGCGCUGCGGGUUUCGUGCACGGCGAGGUGUGGGUCGAGCAUCUCGGGUGGCGCUAUGCGCAGAUCGGGGAGCGCUUCGAGCUCGGGCGGCGCGCGGCGGCGUUCUUCGCGGAUGUGCUCGCGCUCGCGCCGCCUGCGCUGGGCGAGGGGGAGUCCAGACUGUUCCCCGCGCUCAGUCGCGCGGUGGCGGAUGUGCUGCUGUAUCGGGCGACGACGAGCAGCGUGGGCCCGCUGGUCAGUGCGAUUGCGGCGGGGCCGGCGGCGCUGCAUUCGUUGUAUGCGAGUAGGCGGUAUGGGGAUGCGCGGAGGCUGGUGUUUUUGCUCGAGGCGGAUCUUAGGCUGGUGAGGCUGGUGCUCAACAUCAAGCAGCAGGCUAGCGCUGCUGACGAUGCAAGCGAAAAUGGGAACAAGCCGUGCCUGCUCGAGCAAGCUCUGUGCUCUCGUGUCGCUGGUGGCGCUGGGCUGGGUGAUUCGCUUCGCGCCAGGGUGGACCCCGUAGACGUUCUCGCGACGUACGUCAAGGAACGCGCUCUGGGCGCUACGGUCCCGCUCGAGGCCAUGCGGGUGCUCUCUGCGCUUUGUGCGUCGCUUGCAGGCGCACAUACGCUCGUCGGACACCUCGCGAACCCAGAAGCGACCGUUGCUGCGCUCGUUCGUAUUGUGCAACACCCGUACGAGGAGCUCAAUCUGCGCAAUGCUGUCUGGGGCUUCAUCUCUCUUGCGGUGGACAAGGAGCCAGCGCUCGCGAACUUGUUUGUUACAGGACGGUUCAGGGUGCCGAGCAAGGGCAAGGCAAAGGAGAAGGAGGAGAAGGAGGGAGCCGAUGGCAAGGAGGAGGGAGGAUCGUCGCCAAGCGCCGUGGAUAUCGCCUCUCGCACCCUGGUGCACUGGAAGGAGCUCUGUGAUGCGAACCCGCAGCUGCUCGCGUCCGUGCUGCGCUUCCUCGACGUCGUCUGGAAGCAUGGGCUCGAACACAAAGCACUCAUCGAUGCGACGCGCAAGGAUACCGGCUUCUGGAAGGCGCUUGCUGCGAUCACGGAGGAGGAGCUCGGUCCGGACCCGGACUACGCGACGGAGAACUUCGUUACGAUCGACGGCGCGCGGCGGUCCAGUCUCCAUGAGGCCACAUCUGCGCAGGCAUACCGAUACAUGGUCAAGUCGUAUGCGGUCCACAUCAUUGGGCAAGACAUGUAUCUCCAGCCACCGCCUGCGUCGCCGAGCGACCCACUUCCCAAAACCAUCAGCUACGAUCAACUCGCACCGGUGUUCAAGUCCGAAGACCAGCUGAAUGAACUCAUACUCGAGGCGCAGUGCACGUCGUUCGACCCGACGCUCUACGACACACUCUCACAAGAGCUUCCCACGAGCUUCCCGGGCUUGACGCUCGAGCAGAUCCGGUCGCAGGAGCCCAUGACGGAUCGCGAGUUCGGGGACGACUACCAGUACUUGCCGAGCCUGCUGCGGAGCCGGUUGACGCACUGUGCGACGACGGACGAGCUGUUGCAUGCCGCAGAGGAAGUCGAGAAGAAGGUCAUGUCUAUCAACCUCAACCUGUCACUUACACAGGCGCAGGUCGCGCUCGGCAAGUCGUGGCAGUUCCUCCUAAAGCAGGUUAUGCCGUUCGUCCGACUUGAGCCGAACGUGCGCCCGAUUCUGCUAACGAUUGCUGCGACGGUCUCGGCGGACCUUGCCGGCGAGAAGCGCUCGGGCGAUAUGAUGGCGAGGAUCCAUGGGACGAAUCUGGGGCUGCUGCUCUCGCUAGUGGAGGUUGCGUGGUUCUCGACAAAGGACACGGACGAGGAGAUCAAGUCGUUCAUGAAGCUCGUGCGGAAUCUACACUAUAUCAUCCAGAACGAGGCGCAGCCGCCGUCACUCUCCUUCCUGGGCAAGGUCACGACGCCAUUCCACCGCGCUCUGCUUCAGAUCAUCUACUUCACCGUGCGGCAAUGCCGCAACCUCAGCAGCCGGCCGAAGGCGCUCAACGCUGAGCGGAGACUCGACAUCGCCUCGAUGCUGAACGCGACGCUCGUGCUCGUGAUUGAUGCGCUCAAGCUCGUCUUUGACACGGCGCGAACGCGGCUCGAUCUCGAUGUGGACCGCGACAUGGAGUUCCUCGUUGCCAUCUUCGAGCAGUGCACCCGCCCAGACAUCAACGUCUCGUCUCUACAUUGGCUUACCAGGUGUGCAGAGUCGGACGUGAUCCAGGCGUCACUCGAGCUGCUCGUCCGCGCGGACAUCGCCGGCCUCGGCGACGUGGCGCUCCUCAGACAGCGAAGGCAGCCUUUGUAUGCUCCGCAUGUCCUCACAUUCCACAUGGCACUUGCUAGUGUGCCUGCGGGAGCUGAGCGCUUCGCCAGUGCGGGUUUCGUCUCGGCAUACAGCAACAACGCCUUGAGUACCGUCUUGAGUGCCGCCGCAUUGGAAGUGGUGCUCCCCGAGUUUCCUGGCGAGCGAAGCCCAGCGCACUGUGCAUAUGUUGGCAUGGUGGCGGUGGUAGCUAGCGUGGUGAGCACACUCGGCGUGGAGAAGGGCAGGCAGCAAUACAGCCACUACUUCUUCGAUCGUGAGGCAUGCGGCUUUGUUCAGCAUUACGGCCGCCAGCUGGAAAGAGCACUCGGGUGGCGCGUCGGCGAGCCCAUUACGCUGCCGCUGCUAGAGGAGAUGGAGGAGGCUGUGCAUCUGUUCGGUGCAAUUGCGAGGAACGCACAUGCUGGGCCGUCAACAUCGUCGGUCAAGAGAGGAAGCAAGGAAGGGGGCGGAGAGGCUGUGGAGAAGGUAUUGAGGGCAUUCUCGACGCAUGCGCUUAGGUUGCUCCAGCAGAUCAACUACGCGCUCACACACCCACACCAUCUCGCAAGUCUCCUUGAACCCGUCACAGCCGAAGAACGGGCGCUGUUCGACCGCGAACCGCGUGACGGGGGUUCUUCUACCUCUUCGGCCUUGACGCUUGCAACGUCGUUGUCAGCAUCAGCAUCAGCGCUGGACAUGCUGGACCUGCAAAAGCAUCCGCUGACCGCUCGGCUCGUGCAUAGAUUGUUCAGACUCGCAGGCACGCUCGCAUGUGCACUGAAUGACACGAGCCAGGCGUAUGAUGUGCUCCUGGGCGAGCAAGACGAGUGGCCAACGCACGAAGCACUCGUCGUUCCCCAUUCAAAGGUUGUGCUCUCCGAAGCCACGUCCCUCGGCACACUCCUCGAACUCUCCAACGUCAUGCUGGAUGCUCUCCGUGCGCUCGUCUCCCGCCCACCUGGGCAAGCGCUCGCUCCGCCCACAUCAGUCACGGGUCCCACUGAAAACCCGCUCGACGCGGCAGGCGGCGCACGGCUUGCGCGCACGGCACUCGAAGCGCUGCUCCUCUACUCGAUAACGCAACUCGCUUUGUGGCUCGCCAAGCCCGACUUCGACCCUGCCACGUCCUCGCCCUCUGGAGGCGGCGAUAUGGAAAUGGACGAGCUGCAGCCUCACGCGGACGGAGGGCGGGAGCUGAGUCUCGCGCCCGCUUCGUCAGGGUCAGCGUCAGGCGGGCGAAAAAGCGCGAGGGGUGCGUCGACGUCGCUCACGCUUGCUGAGCGGUUGAGAAGGGGUAUGACGGGUGAGAUGGCGUCGGAUCUGCAGAGCUUGCUCGGCAAGAGUAAGCCAGUUCUUGCGAAGAGCGAGAGCGUUCUUGGGCAGGGUCAGGUAGAUCUUACGGAUGUGCUGACGAGGUUUUUGAACGAGCGGAUCAUCGCUGCGUAGCGAUAGCAAUGGGUUCGAAUACGGUAUGACGCACAUCGUGAGGAAGCGGUAAUGGUACGAUAGAUAAAAGUACUGUAGAUAUUUAAUCUCAAUAUGAUCUGUUGUUUGCUUUUCUUUCCCUACGUUAUACGUUUUCACUUGCCUGGCGGUAUUACAGCUACAACCCACUCAAAGUUCAUUUAUUAUAUUUUCUUAGCCGAAUUGAGGCGGUUCUU